AUCCCUUUCGGCUAUUUAGGGCUGUCAAAAUUUAUGUAAUUAUCUGUGGGAGUGCACGCAAAGAAACGUCAAGUUGUGUCAACCCUAAUAAUUGCUCUGAGCACUUGCUAGCAAUGUUGAGCCGAACGGAGCCGAGAACGCCCGAACGCUCUAGUGUCCUCCCCCUGCCGUAGCGUAGCUAGGUAUUAGAACACACCUACUUAAUGACUGAAAUUUAGAGCAAUAGCUGCUUAGUCGACGAAGGUAGGUAAGUAUACAUAUAACAAUCGUGUAUUAUGGUUUGAAAAAGCGCUCAUAUAUCGAUGUUCAUAUACAGAAGGAUAAAGGAUUUUGCCGCAUUGACCUCUUAAUAGUUAAAUAAUUUAGGAAUAACAUAAGAAAUCCUUACAUUUAUGGAUAAUGUUUAAAUGCAUUUACUCUAAAGUUGUAUGAAAAUGGGCUGUGUUUUAAACGCUUCACACAACUUAAUUCAGAUUCAUCAAAAAUGUAACCGCAUUAGUAAGAGCCUGACUGCACUAACUUAUAAUAUAUAGUGGCGGAUGGUUCAAAUAACUCGAUUCACACCGGCUUGUCUAAUUUCAGCCCGUUGAGUACUAUCACGAUCGGUUCAUGGAGAAAAGGAAAGCAAUUUUUGCUUCGGAUUUCCUCCAAUAUUUGUGACGCGCCGUCACUGCUAACUAGGAACAAUUUUUGUUGGACUCUAGUUAGGAUGAAAGUUAAAGAAGCAUGUGUGUGAAGCGUUAUAGAUGAAAUUUACCAACGCAUUUAGUUCAUUCACGGCAGUAAGCAUAGCUUGAGUAUAUUAGCACUAUACAUAUUAUAUUAUGUUUAUAUAAAUUUUAAAGAAACCAUAAUUGGAACGAAAAUUAAAUAGGUAUCCCACUUGAUUUCUAAUUUCAAUGGCGCGCCUGACCAAUGAUAUUAUAACUUCAGCAAGUUUUUUAUACUAAGACGGUGACCAACAAGCAUACGGGCCGCCUGAUGGUAAGCAGUCACCGUAGCCUAUGGACGCCUGCAACUCCAGAGGUGUUACAUAGUACUCGAGAAUGUAGAGAGGCGUCAAUGAGAUCGGACGUGUUUAUGAAAAUAAUUAAUUAUUCGCGUGCAAAUUUCGUGACUGUCUGCAUUUCCAAUCGUGCAUUAUCUGGGUCAUUAGUCAUCUAUCGCACCCACGGCUAUAGUAUAAUGUCUAAGUGGAGCAAAAAUGUCGGAAAAUAGCCCAUUUAAUCGUAGUGGACUAACACGCCGCAGCCCGCCCUCAACACCCACACCGCAGCCCGGCCCGCCCGGGCCCGCACCCGCAAACAUGCAACAGGAAGAAGAGCCCCCGAAGGUAUUUCCCACAAGUGACAUCCAAACCUGGCUAAAGAAGAUUGAACUGAACCUGCAAGACGUAUGCGCUACAUCUGCAGAAGGUAAACUUAACUCUGACCAGAAGAUUAGAAUUAACAACCUGUGUCGUACCGUGACCCACUAUGCCUCACAAAUGGCUGUUGAAUAUCAAGCCCUGAAACAACAUGCAAUCCAAGCAUAUCAGUCCCGCCAAGCUCACCAGGAAAAAAUAGACCUCGCACAACGCUUCAAAGAACUAAAGGAGUCGAUUGAGGAAUCAAGCCGAUCAGUCUCGGGAUCUGUCUCGUUUGCCGACGCCCUUAAGAAAAAUGGAUCAAGGUACGUCCAACCAUCUAACAUCAGUUCAGUCGCAAUUUACCCGGUCGACAAAUUGAAAUCGAGCGAGGAGACAAAAUCCCUCGUUCAAAAGAUUAUCCGGCCCGACGAAAUGAAGCUGCACGUGAGAGGGUUGCGCAAGAUCAGAAACGGCGGUGUAGUUAUAAGCACUGACUCCAGAGAGGACGUCAUAAAACUCAAGCAAUCAGCGCAUCUUACGACCUCUGGACUUACUGUUGAUGAGCCACAAAAACGCAAGCCCAGAAUUGUAGUCAUCGGAGUUCCCACGGACAUGCAGGAACCUGAAGUUCUGAAAUGUAUUUACCAACAAAACUUAGCCGAUAAAUUACAAGGUUGGUCGCUUGAAAAAUUUAUGGCAUCGAUUAAGCUAAGUCACAAAUCCGGGAAAAAAGGCGCCGAGACCUGUAAUUAUAUAAUUGAGGUCUCUGGAGUGAUACGCAAGGCCUUAAUUACGAACGAUAGAGUUUUUGUGAACUGGUCAUCGUGCCCUGUAAGGGAUUUCACCCUGGUUACCCGCUGCUUUAAAUGUCAAUUCUACGGUCAUGCAGCGAAGACCUGCAAAAUGGAGUCUAACGUCUGCGGACAUUGCGGCGAAGCGGGUCACUCAUUUAAGGAAUGUACAAAAAAGGACAAAGCACCAAAGUGUGCAACAUGCUUCCACUACAAGAAACCAUGCGACCACGAAACAGGCGACGCCGAAUGCCCAGCUAGACAAAUGGCCGAAAAAAGGUAUAUAAACUCCAUAGAUUAUGAAGGCGCCUAAGAGCGCUAACUUUUCACAUAUUUAUAUAGCACUUAUUGUUUUCAUUAGUUUAACUACCUAUGAAUAAUAGCAUAUUCUCUGACCUAGAUAGUUUCUCUGUAUCAGAGUCUAAAGCAUGCGAUGUCGAAACUUGCAAACAACACAUUCGUCUCUGUCAGAAUUCAUUAUCAAUUUUAACUCAAAACAUACGCAGUAUUUCCAAAAAUUUUGAUAAUUUUAAUGUAUUUCAACAAAGACUGGAUAUUACUUGUGACAUCAUUGUACUGACAGAAUGUUGGCUUAAUACCCAUACUAAUCUACCAAAUAUGCCAGGUUUCAUAUCGUAUAGCAGUAAGUUUAAUUAUAACCAAAACGACGGGGUAGUAGUUUAUGUUAAAAAUAACUUAAACAUCACAGUUGAGGAACCCCAUAUACUAGAUUGCAAUCGGCUUUUAAUUAAAAUCGGAUCAGAUACUGCAAUAUUAGCCUUGUAUAGACCCCCCUCCUUUAAAAAUAUAAGUAAUUUUAUCGAAUCUCUGGAUGAAAAUCUAAGUAAAUUAACAUCCUUUAAAAAUAUAAUAUUGAUAGGAGAUAUUAAUAUCAACAUACUAGCUGAAAGCAGCGAAUCGUCUUUGACAGCCCAGAGCUACCUUAACCUAUGCUCUUUCCAUGGCUUACUCCCAGCGCACACGCUUCCUACGCACCAAAGCGGGUCUUGCUUAGAU